UCUCACAUCAAAGAUUGGAGGAGCGUGCAGUACAGAUUCCCUUAGAAGGGAAACUUCAUUCAGUAGGGAUACUGAGGCACGAGCUGGUGGAGAUCCAGAGGAAACUGAACUGAACGCUUCAACAAAAGAACUUGGGAUCUACAAACACACUUGGGGGCUUUAUUUUUCAUCCCAAACAGACAACAGUUAUCAAAAGUAAAUACAUAAAACAUGAAAAUGUCAUCGCUUGAACUGUCCGAAGUGCUCAAAGAAGGAGAACUGGAGAAAAGGAGCGACAACUUGCUUCAGUUUUGGAGAAAGAAGACGUGCGUCUUGACUUCAGACAGCCUGAACAUAUAUGCUGACGGCCAGAAGAGAUCAAAAGCGAAGGAGCUGAAGCUUGAGUCCAUCAAGAAAGUGGACUGUGUGGAGCGGACCGGCAAAUUCGUCUAUUUCACCAUUGUGACCACGGACAACAAGGAGAUCGAUUUCAGGUGCUUCGACGAGGGCACCUGCUGGAAUGCCGUCAUUACCAUGGCGUUAAUAGACUUUCAGAACAGAAAGGCGAUCCAGGACUUUAAAUCGCUACAGGAGACAACGUCCCCCGGACACCAGGAAAGACACCUGGUAAAGUCUCUGUGAUACCCUUACCCGCAAGUGAUCAGAUACAAUCAAUCUGAAUUGAAAAAAGGACCAUGAAGAAUAUUUGGACCAAACGAAGACGUCAAAGGUCUGAGGAUGAAGGAUUGAAAAGGAUGGAACCCGUCCCUGUGGACUUCCGAGAGCCGAACUUGGAGCUGAAGAAUGCAUGGCAUAUAAACAAUUUGCUUUAAAUUAAGCCAAAGACUGAAUUCUAAACUCACAAAGCUACCACAGUACUGUACACUGUGGUGGAAACGCUUCGCAAUCCUGCAAUAUAUAAUAUGAGGUGUAUUUAUUUAUUUGUUUGCAAGAAACUGUCUGCGCAUCUGUAGGUCUUGUUUAAAUUAUUCAUAUAGUAACGUGUAUUUAUUUUAAUAAAAUGUUUUUGGAAAAAAAA